CACAAAUAAAAAAUCGAGGUUAUGUUAUGAGAGUCGAGUGAGUGUAUUGAGGAUUCCUGAAUUGUUUGUUUUGGUUUUAGAAUAUUGAGGAUUUUAUAGCUAGUCCAUAAAUUCAAUCGAAUGGCUGAGUACGAGAAAGUGAGAGUGAAGAAAUUGUGCCUGAAGGGAGAAAAAGUCAAGUCCAAAAAAAGGAAACAUAAAAAACAUGGAAGGAACGAGACAGACUCAGAGACAAAAGACAUUGAUGCCCUUCAACACGGCGGCUGGUGGAAAGUAAAGAGCAUCACCGAAAUAACAGGAACAGUGGCAAUUGAAUUCGGUAAUCAUACGUACGUGAAAGCCCUGGACAAUGGAUUAUUCACCCUGGGUGCUCCUCACGACGAGGGUGAGGGCCCGUCCCCUGAGGAAAUCCUCACAGCAUUUCCAGUGAAUGAGACAAAAAUAGCCCUGAAGUCUGGAUAUGGAAAGUACAUUGGUGUUGAUAAAAAAGGAGUUGUUGUAGGGAGAAGUGACGCUGUGGGGGCUAUGGAGCAGUGGGAGCCCAUCUUCCAGGAUGGAAAAUUGGCAAUUCUGGGGAACAACGGGUGCUUCAUGUCAAUAUCAGAUGAAGAGGAUGCUGUUUGUCAGAGCAAAACAGCUGGGGCAGGGGAGUAUCUAUCUCUCAGGAGUAUGAUUCAGAAAAUCGAUGAUCCUUACAAGGAUGUACCGCUCGAGGAACAAGGAUCCCUCUCCCAAAUUGAAGUUAAUUACGUGAGAAAAUUCCAAAAAUUCCAGGAUAAGAAAUUAAGGAUAAAUAGUGGAGAUCGAGCUCAACUAGAGGAGGCAAAGACCCAGGGAAUUCUCCACGAGACAUUACUGGAUAGACGGAGUAAAAUGAAGUCGGACCGUUACUGUAAAUAAUUAAUCAAGAAGCUAUAAUUGUACAUGAAUUGUAUUGUCACUGAAACAUUCUUAAUUCCCGCAAUAUCUGCAUAAAUGAAGGAUCAUUGAAUAAAUUUUAA